AGAGGAGGAGGAGGAAGAGCAGCUGAGUCGAGUCUGUAAAUCCACGAUGAGCCGGCUCUGCUGCAGACAACAAGUGUGCGCAGACAGAGAGGGAGGAUAAAACCAGGUUACUCUGUAACAGAGGGAGAGAGUGACGGGACGGGAGAGAGCAGAAAAGGAGGUUACCACGGCAACUCCUGGGACGUCGCUGCAGUGGCGGCGAGGACACCAGGACACGCAGAUUGAAGAGAUGAUGAGCAAAUGGAGGACAGAUCUGGGAGUCCAGUUGGACCUCUGACACCCAUCAAACAGAUUGGCACUUUCCUGGGUACCAGGAGGCUGACAGACCCUUUGCACAAAUAGCAAAGGUCCAAAGACAAAGAAAGAUCGGGUGUUCGGGUGCCAGCAUGUCCCAGGCAGGCAAAGUCCUCCACCUGUACGUUGAGGUGAGGUCGGUCACCGAGGAGGAAGGAAAGGUGCAGGGACGAGGAGAUGAUGGGACCGCUCACCUGAUGCUUCAGUGCCCAGACGUCCUCCCUCACUCCCAGAGAAGCUCCAGCCCCAACCGCAGUCAGAAUCCUUCUCCAGUUCCUCAACACCAAAGUGGGGUCGGAAGCCACAGCUUACCCCCAUCAAAGUCUUCCUCCAGGCACUCAGUCAGCUUCCAACUCCAAAACCCUGAUGCCACAGGAUCCCCCACCCAGUUCCAGCGGCAGGAUGUAUUUCAUGACAGUUUCAGUCAAUUCCUCCAGGUGCUUGCACCUGGAUCGACUGGUCCAGGCCAGCAUGACUCAUUGGGACGCACCUGCUCCUCUGACAUGAAUCCCUUCCAGGGAAGAGUGCUUAUCUCCCCAUCUUCUACAUCUUCUGGGACGCUGACUGUUCCCUCCACAAAUACCAGCAACCGUAGGUCCUAUGAAGGCCCAAGGGUGGAGGGUGAGGAGGGGAAGACAUCUGUAGUGACUUUUGGCUACAUAGAGAAAUCUAAUGUUCACAGCAUGGGGGGUCGGCGUAGCUCUAUGUGCCAAAGUGAGUUGGACAAUACUUUUAACAGACUGGAGAGGCAGCAGCUGCCUGGCCACCUCCGAAAGAGGUUGAGUGACCCAGUGUGGUACAAUGGGCAGCCAGAGCAGGGCGACCCUUACUCCAGUCACUCAUACCCAUCUCAGACUCAGUCCCCACAGGGCUCGCCUUACCUGCAGAGGGCUGUGGCAGAUGCAGUUGCCAGAGAUGCCACCUACAGGGCCUUGGAGGAGUUUGGAUCCCCAGAGCUUAGGCGCAGAUUUGCUGGCCACAGCCCAGAGAAUUGCAGCCCAACCCUACCACGGCACUACCAGUCCCCUCGCUGCCGGUCCUGGGGGGGUUCACCUGUCCUGCCCCGCAAUACCCACACCCUGCCAUCCAAGGCUCAGCUUCUGGAGAUGGACAGGGGAAUCUGCCGUAGUUCAGUGAAUGGAUUACCCAGAAGUCCUGCCUCUGACCACCUGUGUGCCCACAUUGGGUACUCCUCCCAGUCACCAGCCCCAAUCCUUCGCUCUCAUGGCCCACCCCAGAGCCAACAAAGGCCAUGGAUGGGGGACGAGAGCCCCAAGUUGUCCAGCAAAUUUCAUCCACCUUUACCAGCAGGGAGACCCACAGACAUCCAGCAUGAGAUUCCAACUAGCAUGUUCCCUACCAGCAACCAUUCCAGUUCCGGCUACCAAGUUAGUGGGAACCCCCAACACAGUGUUAAUAGUAGCUACAGUGCUAACAUCACCAACACCAGUCAUAAUGCUACAGACAGUAUACACUUCAGUACUAAUGAGAACUUAUCCAGCAAGUCUCACUACAAAUCGUCACGCUGCAGUAGCAGAGCCAGUGACACAGCCAGCCCCACCAAUGGCAGGAGGAGCAUCUCCCCAUCCCCAAAUGCUGAAGUGGCUUCUAGGUUAGCUGCAGAGGCUACCAAACUGUCCACCAUUUUUGCCGAAAGGAGGACUCCCUCUCCAACACCUUCUCAAGCUGAGUCACUGCGGUCAGAGAGUCCCAGGAUGGGAGGGUCGUUCCUGAGAGAAUCCCAACCUUAUGCCACUCUUCAUGGGCGAAGCUCCCCUGAGCCUGUGCAGGCCGACAGCCAGAACCACAGAUGGAAACCAGACAAAGCAAUACCUCAGACCAGACCAGGACGUAUCUCACCUCUCUUACCCCACAAAGGCCUGUCUUCACCAGCAUCUCCAGCCCUGCCAGCCAGGUUGCACCGUGCAGCCGCCUGUCAAUCACCAGUCUUGGACCCACGGCAUCAACGGGGUUCAUCACCCACUAAGGAUGUGUCAGCCCUGCACCGCUACCAGCAGCCACAGUACACUGGAGACCACAGAUCGCCUGGCAUGGAGCGGAAGCAACAUGAUCACCUCUUUGACAGAUCACUUAGGGACAGCCCUGAACUCUCCAGGAGACUUCUCUCCAGCCAGAACACAGAAGCACUGCCUGUGAGCUGGACCUCCAGGCACCAGCAGUGGAGGGAAGCUGGACCAGUCCAGGAUGGGGACGAACUCUGUGAAGACAACUACAGACAGUCCACCUCAAGAGUUUACACUCCAAGCAAAGAGGAGUACCACAGGAAGGUCGGAGGAGACAAAAUGCUAAAGACAUCAGUACAGGAGUACCACACACCGGUUAUAAGUGUGUCCAAGGAUGAGAGGGAGGAGGUUCAGGAUCACAGCGGGGCUGCUGGGAUGUCCUCUCAAAGCUCCAGUGGAGUAACAGGCAGCAUGGGAGACAGUUCGCAGCUGGACAGAAACGACAGUCUGUCCCCCGAAACCUCGAGCCAGUCCAGCCACGAUACGACAGACACCGGCUCGGGGUUACAGGUCGGCUGGGUGGGAGGGUGGUGAGGGUUUGGCUGUACGUUGUGUGUAUG